CGCCGUCCGGGCUUCGAGCCUCGCACACCUCGGCACGGACGGGGCGGGCAGUGCGCGAACGAGCCCCGGAGGCCAUGGGGACACGGGCCGGGCCAACGGUCGCGGGCCAGCUGUCGCCCCGGACCUGAGAGGUGGACGGCGUGGCGGCGGGGACCAUGACCUCGGUCUGGAAGCGCCUGCAGCGCGUGGGCAAGCGGGCUGCCAAGUUCCAGUUUGUGGCCUGUUACCACGAGCUGGUGUUGGAGUGCACCAAGAAGUGGCAGCCAGACAAGCUGGUGGUGGUGUGGACCCGGCGGAACCGACGCAUCUGCUCCAAGGCCCACAGCUGGCAGCCCGGCAUUCAGAACCCCUACCGAGGCACCGUGGUGUGGAUGGUGCCGGAGAACGUGGACAUCUCUGUGACCCUCUACAGGGACCCCCACGUGGACCAGUAUGAGGCCAAAGAGUGGACCUUUGUUAUUGAGAAUGAGUCCAAGGGGCAGCGGAAGGUGCUGGCCACAGCCGAGGUGGACCUGGCCCGCCACGCAGGGCCUGUGCCUGUCCAGGUUCCCCUGCGGCUGCGGCUGAAGCCCAAGUCGGUGAAGGUGGUGCAGGCCGAGCUGAGCCUCACCCUCUCGGGGGUCCUGCUGCGGGAGGGCCGCGCCACGGAUGACGACAUGCAGAGUCUCGCGAGCCUCAUGAGCGUGAAGCCUUGUGACGUGGGCAACCUGGACGACUUCGCUGAGAGCGACGGGGACGAGGCCAGCGGCCCAGCUGCCCCCGAGGCCCGGGCACGAGGCCUCCAGCCAGGGCCCUCCAGGGAGCUCAAGGCCCUUUCUGAGGAGGGAGAGGAGGGCCAAGUGAGGCUGCGGCAGGCAGCCGCCAGCCCUCCCAGCGCUGAGGAAUCCAGCCCAGUCCCUGUGAGUGUCCCUGCGCCCCCGGCCAGGGCCUCCCGGGGCCAGGGGCCAGAACCUGCUACCAGACCAGGGGGCCCCGUGGGGUGUGAGGCCCCCAGGCCCCCGGAAACCCCACCAGAGAUGAGGUCCUCAAGGCAGCCAGGCCAGGGCCCGGCCCCCACCCCAGCCCCUCGGCUCCGGAAGGGCUCCGACACCCCCCGCCCCGCAGUCACUCCAGGGCUGGAUGCAGGAGCUCCCCCAGCGGGAACGGGCUCUUCCCGGGAGACCCAGGCCCCGGCGAGCCCUGAGGCAGGGGCAGAGGCCCAGGGGGGCAGCCUGGGACAUCCUCCAGUUGUUGAGGACGGAGGCUCCGGGGACUGCCGGGGAGGACAGAACCCCGAGGUUGCAGAAGGGGACACUGGGGACAGGCCAGAGGUUAGUGGGGUGGGCACCGAUUGUGGGUCGGAAGUCGCAGAAGCAAACACUAGGUCAGGGCUCAGUGCUGUGGAGGCUGAAGACAGUUCAGAGGUUAGUCAAGGGGAUGUUGCGCAGAGGCCGAAGGAGAGACGGGGCGCUAAGGGACCAGGGGCUACAGGGGCGACGCCUGAGGCUCCUCCAAGGGUCUCUCAGGGGAGGAUGGGGGUCAGGACCGGGGAUGAGGCGUCCCCAGCAGAGCCUCGGGGGCACUCAGGGCAUCUGAAUGACCUCAGCUGGGCCAGGGACACUGCAGGCCAGGAGAGUGCGGGCACAGAGGGGAGGGGUGGAGCCCCCGGUGUUGGGAGCACAGGCCCGGAGCAGGGCCCCCCCACUGGAGCUGCGAGCACCAGCCCCCAGGUGAGCAGGUGCCCAAGGGCCCCAUCACCAGGUGACCAGGGGGUCUGGGACACAGACGCUGGGGAGCCAAGGGCCCUAGGAACAGAGACUGGGGUGGCAGAGUGGGAGGUACAGGGGACCCGGGAGACGGAAGUGGGGGGGUCAGCGUUCCCAGGGACAGAGGCUAGGAGAGCAGAAGUUGAGGUCUCGGAGGCCCAGGACGCAGACGUGGGGGCUCCAGGGGCAGAAGCCGGGGUGCUGGCCGAGGUGUUGGAGAGCCAGGGGACAGAGGCUGGGGCUUCGGGAGUGGUGGGGACGGAGACUCCGAUGGCAGAGGCUGAGACGCUGGCGACCCAGGAGAUGUCUGGGGGUUCAGGGGCACUGAGGGCAGAGGCUGAGAUGAUGGGGGCCCAGGAGGUAGCCUCUGAAGGUUCGGGGGUUCCAGGGAGAGAAGCUAAGGUGGCAGAGGUUGAGGUAUUGGGGGCCCAGGAGGCAGAGGUGGGGGCCCCCAGGACACCAGAGACAGAGGCUGGGGGUGCAGAAGCUGAGAUACUGGGGACCCAGGAGAUAUCUGGGGGUUCAGGGGCACUGAGGGCAGAGGCUGAGAUGAUGGGGGCCCCCAGGACACCAGAGACAGAGGCUGGGGGUGCAGAGGCUGAGACGCUGGGGACCCAGGAGGUAGCCUCUGAAGGUUCGGGGGUUCCAGGGAGAGAAGCUAAGGUGGCAGAGGUUGAGGUAUUGGGGGCCCAGGAGGCAGAGGUGGGGGCCCCCAGGACACCAGAGACAGAGGCUGGGGGUGCAGAAGCUGAGAUACUGGGGACCCAGAAGACAGCAUCUGGGGAUUCAGGGGCCCUGGGAGUAGAAACUGCAAUAGCAGAAUCUGAGGUACUGGGGGCCCAGGAGGCAGAAGUUGGGGUCCCAGGAACAGCAGGAACAGAGGCCAGGGUGCUGGGGGCCGGGGUAUUGGAGAGCAAGGAGACAGAGGCUGGGGGUGCAGAGGCUGAGACGCUGGGGACCCAGGAGGUAGCCGCUGAAGGUUCUGGGGUUCCAGGGAGAGAAGAAGCUAGGAUGGCAGAGGCCGAGGUGCUGGGGGCCCAGGAGGCCGAGGUGGGGGCCCCCAGGACACUAGAGACAGAGGCUGGGGGUGCAGAGGCUGAGACGCUGGGGACCCAGGAGGUAGCCGCUGAAGGUUCGGGGGUUCCAGGGAGAGAAGAAGCUAGGAUGGCAGAGGCCGAGGUGUUGGGAGCCCAGGGGACAGCAUCUGGGGACCCAGGGGCUCUGAGGGUAGAAGCCAGGACGAGAGAAUCCGAGCAGCCGGCGGCGGGUGGCUCCCCGGGCCCCGGGUCAGCAGGGCGCUGGGAGACAGAGGUGGGGGCUGCAGGGGCCCCGGGGCCGGAGGCUGGGACGGCAGGAGAACCAAGGAGCCGGCAGACGGGAAGCGCAGUUUCUGAGGCCGAGCCUCUGCGGGAAGAGACUGCGGCCGGGGGGACCCCUGGACACGAGGCGCUGGGGGCCUCAGGCGCUCCGCAGAGAGCGGCAGGGCCUCGGGAGGCAGCAGCCCGGAUUUCAGGAGGCCCGCAGGGCGAGACGGGGGCCCCGGGGGCGGAGGCCGACUCUGCAGCGAACAAAUGUGUUUCUGAGGCCCAGGGAGCAGAGGCUGGGGUCUUGGGAACGGAGGAGGAGGAGGCAGCGGAGGGCAGCCCCCCAGAGGCCAGCGGGGCAGGGGCUGCAGUGCCCGGGCCCUCAGGGGCCCCCUCCCCAGAGGAACCGGAAGAGGACGGGAGGCUGCCGGGCAGCCAGGCACCGCCUGCCCUGGUCAGCUCCAGCCAGUCCCUGUUGGAGUGGUGCCGGGAAGUCACCGCCGGCUACCGCGGGGUCCGCAUCACCAACUUCACCACCUCCUGGCGGAACGGCUUAGCUUUCUGUGCCCUCCUGCACCACUUCCACCCGGACAAGAUCGACUACGCGGCCCUGGACCCGCUUAACAUCAAGCAGAACAACAAGCAGGCCUUCGAUGGCUUCGCGGCGCUGGGCGUGUCGCGGCUGCUGGAGCCGGCGGACAUGGUGCUGCUGUCGGUGCCAGACAAGCUCAUCGUCAUGACCUACCUGUGCCAGAUCCGCGCCUUCUGCACGGGCCAGGAGCUGCAGCUGGUGCAGCUGGAGGGCGGCGGCGGCGCGGGCACGUACCGCGUGGGCAGCGCGCCGCCAAGCCCGCCCGACGCCCUGGACGCGGGGGGCCUGGCGCAGCGGCUGCGGGAGCGCGGGGCCGAGGCGCCCAGGGAGCCCAAGGAGGCCGAGAACGGGGCCACUCCCGGGGCGGCCCCCAGGGCCGCAGACGCGGGCUGCACCUCCAGGGACGGCCUGGCCGCCGAGGCCGCCCGGGACGCGCGACCUGCGGAGGCCGCGACCGAUGGCCCCGGAGCCGGGGCGCCGGGCGGCGUGAGGCUGCGGCGGCCGUCCGUCUGCGGGGAGGCCGGGCCGGUGCCCCCGCCGCGCGCGCACGGCUCCUUCUCGCACGUGCGCGACGCCGACCUGCUGAAGAAGAGGCGCUCGCGGCUAAGGAACAGCAGCUCUUUCUCGGUGGACGACCCGGACUCGGGGGCAGCGCCCGCGGAAGUCCUGAGCCCUGACCCCAGCACUGCCCCUAGCUCACCAGUAGCUCCAGCCCCGGCCCCAGCCCCCCAGCAGCCCCCUGGUGGGAGCCCCCCGCAGGAGGAGACACCCCCAAGCCCAGGGGAGGAGGCCGGGCUGCAAAGGUUCCAGGACACCAGUCAGUACGUGUGCGCCGAGCUGCAGGCCCUGGAGCAGGAGCAAAGGCAGAUAGACGGGCGGGCGGCCGAGGUGGAGACACGGCUGCGGAGCCUCAUGGAGUCAGGUGCCGACAGGCUGCAGGAGGAGAUGCUGAUCCAGGAGUGGUUCACCCUGGUCAACAAGAAGAACGCGCUCAUCCGGCGGCAGGACCAGCUGCAGCUGCUGCACAUUAGCAGAGAGCUGGAUCAGAAAUGGAGCAGCCGGGACUUGAACCAGCACCCAUAUGGGAUGCCGGCGCUGCCGGGACUGAAACCAGCACCCGCAUGGGAUGCCGGCACUGCAAGGAGCGGCUUUACCCGAUAGGCCACAGCGCUGGCCCCAGGGUAUACCUCUUAACCUAGCAGCGUUUUUACAAAGGCAACAACCAAAGCCCACAGCAAACACGGCCCAGGAAGCAUAGGGCUGAGUCCUGCCAUCUGACCCGGUGCCUUCGAGGGGCUCUGCCGUGGGGCCACUCGAGGAAAGAGCCCACGUCCUCCCUCUCGGGUCCCUGCCUUUCAAGAGUGAAUACUUGGAGCCGCGGUGCGGUGCCGGGCGGAGCGUCCCAUUCCCCAUCGGCUCCUUACGGACCCUCCUGGGAAGGCAGCAGAAGACGGCCCAAGUGCCUGGGCCCCGGCCGCCCACAUAGGAGAUGGGAGCAGAGUUCCUGGGUCCUGGCCAUUGCAGCCACUUGGAGGAUGAACCAGGACAUGGAAGAUUCUAGGUCUUUCUCUACCACUGUGCCUUUCAAAUAGGAAAUUUUAAAGCAGGGUGGGAAGGGGGCAGACAGCACAAACACCCAGCAGUCGGAGGCCACUGGACUGCGGUCAGGUGCCCGCCUGCCACGGAAGC